GUUCAAGAAAGAAACCCAUUUCUCUAGAAGCUUCGUUAGACCGGAACUGCUCGUUAGGAAAAAGGAAAAAGCUUCGGUGAAAUUCGCGGGAAAGGGGAGCAGCAAACCCUAAAGGGAUGGCAGAGAAAUUGGCUCCAGAAAAGCGCCAUAGUUUCCUUCACAACGGUCAGAAAGUGUUUGAAUGGGAUCAGACACUGGAGGAGGUUAACAUUUAUAUUAAUUUGCCUCCAAAUGUUAAUUCCAAGCAAUUCUACUGCAAGAUUCAAUCUAGGCAUGUCGAGGUUGGCAUCAAGGGGAAUCCUCCUUAUCUCAAUCACGAGCUUACUUGCCCUGUGAAGACGGAUUCUUCUUUCUGGACCUUAGAGGAUGAUAUAAUGCACAUUACACUGCAGAAGAGGGACAAGGGUCAGACAUGGGCUUCUCCAAUACAGGGUCAAGGUCAACUUGAUCCUUACUCCUCUGAUCUUGAGCAGAAACGUCUUAUGCUCCAGAGGUUUCAAGAGGAGAACCCUGGAUUUGACUUCUCACAAGCUCAGUUUUCGGGCAACUGUCCUGAUCCAAGAACCUUCAUGGGGGGAAUUCGCCAAGUUUGACAAAUCUAGUGUGGCAUUUAUAACUUGCAUGGACGUGACAUUUGGUAAAUAAUGUAGUUUUUGUACUGGUCUUGAUUUAUGCAAAUCCUGUAAUGACCGCGAUUGUGAGAAGGAUAUGUACUGAGUCCUAUCUCUGUAUUGAAGUGAAAAUAUUUAGGUGAUAUAAAUUUAACUACCAACAUUCUGUCUUUUUAA